AUGGCAAUGCCCCAGAAUUCAACUGGAGAAAAUGGCUUUUGUUUCCCUCAGACACUUGACUUCUCCCGCCCAUCUCCUUGUCCCAGCGAGGCUGCUCAGACCUUCGAUGUACUGAGUGGGCAGGAGGCCUGCAGCACCUUGCUGAGCAAUGGCACAGCAUCCUCCGGUAUGCCCAGCCCCUCUGAUUCUUGUGCCCAGCCCCUCUGCUCCACCACCCCGGGAGAGGAGGAGACCCAGUUCGGCGAAGGGAUUAAAUACGUCUCAGCCGAAGGGGAGGAACUGGCAUGCGGCUGGGGGGGCUUCACACCUGGGUGCUUGCAGCUCUUCAACACAUCCAAAGGCGUCUUGUUCUUCCUCUGCGUGGCCUCCUUCCUGCAAGGCAUGACGGUGAACGGCUUCAUCAACACGGUGAUCACCUCCAUCGAGCGGCGCUUCGACCUGCGCAGCUACCAGAGCGGGCUGAUCGCCAGCUCCUACGACAUCGCCGCCUGCCUCUGCCUCACCUUCGUCAGCUAUUUCGGGGGCAACGGCCACAAGCCGCGCUGGCUGGGCUGGGGCGUGCUGCUCAUGGGCUUGGGCUCCCUGCUCUUUGCCUUGCCCCACUUCACCACGGGACGCUACGAGGCGCGUUCGGCGGCGGAGGUGGGCGUCUGCGGGGGCAACCAGAGCCUGCCCUGUGCCCAAGCUGCCUCCAGCCUUUCCAGCUACCGGUUUGUCUUCAUGCUGGGGCAGUUCCUGCAUGGAAUGGGGGCCACGCCGCUCUACACGCUCGGCGUCACCUAUUUAGAUGAAAACGUCAAGACUAACUACUCCCCUGUGUACAUUGCUGUGUUCUACACUGCUGCAAUCCUGGGGCCUGCAGCGGGUUAUCUGGUAGGAGGAAUGUUUCUAAAUAUUUAUACUGAAAUUGGCAGAGAGACUGACAUGACCCCGGAGAACACGCUGUGGGUGGGGGCAUGGUGGAUUGGAUUCCUCGGGGCUGGAGCAGCCUCCCUCCUCAUCUCCAUCCCCAUCCUGGGCUACCCUCAGCGCCUCCCAGGAUCCCAGAGGUACAUCGUGAUGAGAGUGUCAGAAGCUCAUCAGCUCAAGGAUGGGAGCCACAAAAAAGCAUCAGAUCCAGACUUUGGGAAAACAGUUAAAGAUCUACCUCGAUCAGUACUGCUGCUUCUGAAGAACCCUACCUUCAUCUUCCUCUGCUUAGCGGGAGCAACUGAAGCCACCCUCAUUGCCGGGAUGUCCACAUUUGGACCCAAGUUCUUGGAGUCUCAGUUUAGUUUAAGUGCCUCUGAAGCUGCUACCUUUUUUGGUUAUCUGGUUGUUCCAGCUGGAGGAGGAGGCACUUUCCUGGGAGGAUUCCUUGUGAACAAAUUUAAACUCCGCUGUUCAGGAAUCAUCAAGCUGUGUUUACUCUGCACAGUGUCCAGUCUGCUGGCUAUAUUCAUUUUUUUUAUUCACUGCCCCAACAUGCCAAUGGCAGGAGUAACUCAGAUGUAUGAGGGAAGUGCUUUGCCUGGUGGCCACCUAAACCUGACUGCAGCCUGCAACGCUGAUUGUGGCUGUCUACAGGAGACCUACAGCCCUGUCUGCGGGAGCAAUGAUGUUAUGUAUUACUCUCCCUGCCAUGCUGGGUGCAAAAAGGUGUCUGAAAACCUCAGAAAUGGUAGGAAGGUCUACCAUGAGUGUGGCUGCAUUGAGGAAACCCUCCUGCCUGGCCCUGAUGAUGCAGAAGCAGGGAAAUGCAGCUCCUCCUGUGCCAAAAGACCCCUGCUCCUCUUCUUCAUGUUUGUGGUGAUCCUCUUCACCUUCCUGAGCAGCAUUCCUGCCCUGACCGCCACUCUGCGGUGUGUCUCCGACAGGCAAAGGUCCUUCGCGCUCGGGAUCCAGUGGAUCGUGGUACGAACACUAGGAGGCAUCCCUGGCCCCAUUGCCUUUGGGUCCAUGAUUGAUAGAUCCUGUCUGCUGUGGCAGGACCAGUGUGGUGAGCAAGGCUCCUGCUACGUGUACCAGAACUCAGCCAUGAGCAGGUACACCCUCGUCGCUGGACUGGUCUACAAGGUGCUUGGGACAACCUUCUUUAUAGUCGCCUGUUUACUCUACAAACCUCCACCAGCAGAGUCAGCUCCAGGCAGCUCAGACACAUCUGACAAUGGUAACAGUGACCUCCAGGAACACAAAGCUUCACUGCCAGCUGAAGAGGAUGUCUAG